AUGACGCUUGACGUGACUAGUUUCAUAGACAACAAAGGAGGGAAUGCCGAGGAAAUUCGUGAAUCGCAGCGGAAGCGAGGAGAGUCGGUAGAGCUGGUCGAUCAGGUCAUAGAUAUGUACGCGGAGUGGGUGAAGAUGGAUUUUGAAGCGAACGGCCUCAGCAAGCAGGUCAACGCGGUGCAAAAGGAGAUCGCAGCCAAGAAGAAGGCCAAACAACCAGCAGAUGACCUUGUUGCUACUAAGAAAGAGCUGGAUGCGAAGGUUGACGCGAAACGGAAGGAGACCCGCGAGUUCGAGGUUGAGAUGCGGAAGAAAGCUUCUACAGUAGGAAAUCUCGUGGCGAAGGAUGUCCCAGUCAGCUUGACUGAGGAUGACAAUGUAUUUCUCCGAACCUGGCAUCCAGAUGGUCCUAAUGGCCAAGUAGAAAAGAAAACGGAUAUCAUGCCUCACCAUGAAGUUUUGCUUAGACUAGAUGCAAUGGACCUUGAUCGAGGUGCCAAGGUCGCAGGUCACCGUGGCUACUUCCUCACAAAUGAUGGUGUCGAUCUCAACCAAGCCCUUAUCACAUAUGCUCUCGACUUCCUCCGCAGGAAGGGAUACAAGAAAGUCCAACCACCAUUCCUUGUCAAUAAAGACGUCAUGGCAAAGACCGCGCAGCUUGACCAGUUCGACGAGGAACUGUACAAGGUUAUCGCCAAUGACGACGAGAAAUAUCUCAUCGCGACCUCGGAGCAGCCUAUAUCGGCAUUCCAUCAAGACGAAUGGUUCGAAGACCCCAAAGCUCAGCUUCCCAUAUACUACGCUGGAUACUCGACAUGUUUCCGUAAAGAAGCUGGUUCGGCUGGACGUGAUAUGUGGGGCAUCUUCCGUGUGCACCAGUUUGAGAAGGUUGAGCAGUUCGUGCUCACCGCUCCGGAAGAGAGCUGGAAUGCAUUCGAUAACAUGCUGGCGAACAGCGAAGGGUUCUAUCAGAGCUUGGGUCUCUCUUACCGUGUGGUGGCGAUCGUCAGUGGUGCACUGAACCUCGCAGCGUCGAAAAAAUGCGAUCUGGAGGCGUGGUUCCCAUUCCAAGGUGCAUACAAAGAACUUGUUUCUUGCUCGAAUUGUACGGAUUACCAGAGCAGGCGGCUAGAAGUUCGUUGCGGUCUCAAAACGAAGGACCAACAGCGGAAGGUCUACGUCCACAUGCUGAACGGAACAAUGUGCGCCACAGAACGCGCAUUGUGCUGUUUGGUCGAGAAUUAUCAGACACCAGACGGUCUCAUUAUACCCGAGGUACUCAGGCCAUAUAUGCAGGGACGGGAUUUCCUACCAUGGGUGAAGGAGUUGCCAAAGAACUUGCAGAGAAAGCAAGUGUAA